CAUCAGCUUCUGUUUGGAGUUCAGAGGAGAAGAUUCUCACUCCAGAAGAUCUGAAUCCUCCAGUCUCAUCUCUACCACUGUUGGUUCUUCUCUUCUCAGCUUCAUGUCAAAGACAGAGUUAAGAUGAAGCUCGUCCUACAUUCACCUUCAGCUUUAGGGAAGUGCUUCCAUUCUGAGUAGAAACAGAAGAUCGUCAUGAUCGAUCGUCCUCUGCAGCUGCAGAAAGCAGAAGCUGCGGCGCAGCAGCAACUCUCACUUCUGGCUUUUCUGGGUGAUCUCGGCGUGACGCUGAGGACGGCGCUCAGAGCAGCAGCGGCAGCGUCACGAUGCGCUGCUCAGUGCUUCCCCUGGUGGUCGCCCUCCUCCUCCUGCUGCCGCCAGUUGCCAUGGAAACACAGGAAAAUGACUUCAAAGAUGGCUGCCAAGGCGCCGCGCUGCAGGACGGCGAGCACGACUGCACCUGGAGCUGCAUCAUUUUCACGCUGCAGUGGCCCGGCGGCUUCUGCGCGUCUUUGUUCAACGAGACCCUCUGCAGGAUCCCCGACGGCGUCACCGGCUGGACCAUCCACGGCCUGUGGCCCCAACAUGCGCAGAGAUGCUGCAGCUGCUGGCCCAUGUUCCACUCCGACGUCCAGGAGCUGGAGGACGAGCUGGCGGAAUACUGGCCGUCCUUACUGACAACCAGAUCACGCUUCCAGUUCUGGAAGCAGGAGUGGUCCAAACACGGCGCGUGUGCCGCCUGCGUGGAGGGAUUCAAUUCUCCUCAGAAGUACUUCCAGAUUUCCCUGAAACUGCGACAAUCGUUUGAAAUCCAACGAAUCCUGGAAGACGCUGGAAUCACGCCGUCCUGCGAGCGGCGGUACAAGGUAGCAGAGGUGCAGAGCGUCCUGACUCCACACGUGGGCGACCAAUACGAGAUCCAGUGUGUGGUGGAUCACAGGGACCGACAGGUGUGGUUCCAGGUGAAGAUCCAGAUGUCCCGGGACCUGACCCUGGGGUGUUCUCACCCUGAUGCCGGGUCAGGAACCGGAUCCGAGCCGUCUCCAGGACAUCCGUGCCCCCCCGAGGUCCCGUUCUUCUACUUCCCCAUCAACCACCAGCAGCCGGAGCGGCCCUGCGACUGACCGGGCGGCGGGACGCGUCACAAACCUUCACGAAACAUUUAA